GAAACUUGGAAGUUGGAAGUGGACAAGAAUAUAUCAGGUUAUUCUCAUCCUCUAAGCUCUCGCUUUUUGUGAAUUAUGAUAUCAAAUAAUUGCCAACAUGAACAUCAACAUUCCAAACCUCAUCAAAUCUGCCGUCCCAGAGGCUGAGGGGCGCAACGUCCAGAUCCUUUCAGACAACAGGACCAAUCACAGAGACCAGAACUUUCUCUCGGGUGAUUUCCCGCGCAAUCCCCCAAAACUGUACAUAACCGGUGAAAAUGACGAUUUUGACGAGGUCACUCUCGCUGAGUGGAGAGAUGAGGGUUUUGAUGUUGAGUACAUCUCAAUGGAGAGCUGCGGUGAUGGAUAUCUAAAGAAGAUCAAGUCGUUGAGCAGGGAAAACUUGGGUCCUUGUGAGAAGUUUGGAAUUGUCGCAUAUGACGACGCUGCAGCUGUUUGUCUUGAGCACUUUCACAUUCUCGACAACAACCCCGAAUUCAAGCUCGGCCUUCUCAUCGCCUACUACCCAACUCGCAUCCCGGACACCAACGGGAGAUUUCCCAGCAGCAUCAGCGCCCUUGUGCAUCUCGCGGCAGGCGAAGAAGUCGGUGUUGUCAAGCAAUCUCAAAUGGUAGGCAUCCAAGGCAAGAAACGCGUGAGACGAACCAAGAUUCAGAGCGGCAUGGGUACGGGCGGAAAACUUGACCUUGCAUAUCCUAGUUACACAUAUGAAGCUGAGCCUGGCUUUGCUGAGCAUGAUCUCGAUGAGUAUGAUGGUGUUUCGGCGGAGCUGGCUUGGAGUCGAAGCUUAGCUGCGGCUAGGAAGGUGUUUGGCAUCAACCCGGAUCUAGAGCUUGUUCUGGAACAUAACCUGCAGAGCAAAUUCUUCUCGAAGAACCUCGGUCAAGCAUUGUCGACCUUCACCACACACAAGACCCCUCAUGUCACUUACAUGCCGACCCUAACCGGUGCAACUGGCGCCGCUGAACUGAAGCGCUUCUAUUCAGAAUCGUUCACAACUCCACCUUCACUAAGGAUCACACUCUUGUCGCGCACCAUCGGCGUUGAUCGCGUUGUUGACGAAAUGCACGUCCAGUUCAAGCAUACGGAGCAAGUCCAGUGGAUGCUCCCUGGAGUACCACCUACAAAUAAGAAGAUUGAGAUCCUCAUGGUGAGCAUUGUCGCAGUCAGAGGUGGGAGACUGUACCAGGAGCAUGUUUACUGGGAUCAAGCUAGCGUUUUAGUCCAAGCAGGACUUCUCGACCCCAAAAUGCUACCGCAGUCGGCGAAGGAUCUUGGUGUGGAGAAACUUCCGGUCGUCGGACGACGAGCGGCGAGGAGAGUCAGGAAGAACAGGGAUGCGAGCGAUGACGAGGGAGAGGCUGAUAAUGAACUGAUUCCCGGAUGGAACAAGCAGGAGGAUGAGGGGAGCAAGAAUGAACAAAAGUAAUGUAUAGAUAAUGACCAAGCAUCAAAUACUUAAUGCUUAUCUGAAAUAAUAGUCUAUGGGUCUCGGUCGUCCAUGACGUGCUAGGAGAGGGAAAGACAACUCAGGACCUUGAGCCUAAGUGAUAAAAAGACUUUGGCAACUCAGCAUAAGUUUAAGAUAAGCUUAUUGUAGACUCAGGAUACCUUUUGAUAAGUUUAUUUUUAUUAUCUAUAUUGAGAACUGAUCUUUUCUUGCUCCUUGAAUACAGCAGCACUGGGUGAUAAAGACACCACCGGGCUUUGUCCAGUCCAGCCUAUCUUUCGUUGUUCGCACCAGGAUUUGCCGAUAAAUCGGCAAACUUCAGUCCCUGAUAAAAGUUGGCCGAUGGUGAAUCUCGCUUCAGGUCUCAUUGGCUGUUGACUUACUCUACAGAAGAGCAAACAAGAUCUGGAAACUGUUAUGGGCUAAAGGAUUGAGUAAUCAGCAGACUAAUCAUUAAUUUUCUGUAUUUAGUGAUAUAUAAACAUGAGUACAUUGUAUAUAAACUUGUUUCUAAG